AGAUGGCGGCGGCGCCGCAGCGGCUGCUGGCGGCGGGGCUGUUCCGCGGGCGGGUGGCCGUCGUCACCGGCGGCGGCACCGGCAUCGGCAAGGCCAUCGCCGCCGACCUGCUGGCGCUCGGUUGCAGUGUUGUUAUUGCAUCUCGUAAAUUUGACCGAUUAAAAGCCACAGCGGAUGAACUGAAUAAUAAAUUUUCUUCCAUGAGUCCUGCCAAAGUGACUGCUAUACAAUGCAACAUCCGCAAAGAAGAGGAGGUAGAAGCUUUGGUGAAGUCUACACUGAAUCUGCAUGGGAAGAUUGACUUCCUAGUGAACAACGGAGGCGGCCAGUUCAUGAGUCCUACUGAAGCCAUCCGUGCAAAAGGCUGGAAUGCUGUGAUAGACACUAAUCUGACAGGAACCUUCUAUUGCUGCAAAGCAGUGUACAAUGCCUGGAUGCAGGAACAUGGAGGAGUCAUUGUCAACAUUACUGCUGCCGUGAGAAAUGGGUUUCCUGGAAUGUCGCAUACAGGAGCUGCAAGAGCUGCAGUGAAUAACCUCACGAAGACUUUGGCUUUAGAAUGGGCCCACAGCGGAGUAAGAAUCAACAGUGUUGCUCCUGGAACAGUAUUUUCAGAAACUGCUGUUGCAAACUAUGGAGAGCAAGGUACAAUAAUGUGGUUACAGAACAUCCCAAAGAUUCCUGCCAAGAGGUCAGCAGUUCCUGAGGAGAUCUCUCCUGCAGUGUGUUUCCUGCUGUCUCCAGCUGCUUCUUACAUAACAGGGAUAACCAUGGUUGUGGAUGGUGGCCAAAGCUUAUAUAGCAGUAACCUGGAAGUACCAGAUCACAACAGAUGGCCCCCACCACCAGAAGGAAGAAAUUCUGAAAUGCUUAGAAAGCUUCUUUCUGGCGAGUUCAAGCCAAAGCUCUAACAGAAUGAGACUUCACCCUAUCCCAAAUUGGACAUUUGCUGAUUUUCUCCCUUUGUGGCUUACGUUUAUAAUUCUUACUAAUCUGAAUGUUUUGCCACAUUGAGUGCCUUAAUUUUCAUUGAUUAUGUGUGAGGAAUAAAUCUUUUUCUCUGAAAACACUCACUCUGUUAUGGAAAGAAGGUGUGAUAGAUUCAACAACAUGUAAAGUCUUGAAGCACAAGCUGUAGUAUAAUAUAAAUUGCAUAGAACUUCAUAUUUAAAUACUAGUUUCCCAUGUUGUCAUGUUAACUCAUAAUCAUUUUGUACGGAAGUUUAAGGCAUGCUAUAUAAAGCUGAGUUGCAAGUUUCUGUAUGAGAAAAGACAAUAAUUCAAGCUCAUGGUUUUGUGAUCUUGUAACAUUCUACAGCUCAGAAGAAAAAUAUUGCCUUGUUUUGUGCAGUAUCCUAUUUUGUUGAGGGAGAAACUUGGAAUCCUUCAUUCACCAGUUAAAACACUUUCUAUCCAUACAGUUUUCUAUUGACAUGCAGUUUUCUUAUGAUUUUAACAUACUUUUGUUUAUCAGUAUCCUAAAAAAGACAUGAUCUUUUGAUCAAUGGAGAGUUUUGAUGUGAAAACUAGAGAUGUUUUAAUAUAUCACUUGAAGAUGCUGUAUUUGCUGUAUGAUUCACUUUAAGGCAAAUGUUCCCUGCUAUUUGAUACUUUUGAUCAAAAUUUAAAAAACUAGAUUAUGAUUUUUUGCUUUCUGUAACAAAUUAAAUUUGUGGCAUCAAGUUGCUGUUAUAGAAGCAACCUUAUUAAUACUUAAAUUUGGAAUGAACGUAAGAGUCUUUGCCAGAUGUUUGUUCUCUUCAAAGAUGUUUGACUUUUGUUUAAUUAAAAUAUUAGAAUUUACAUAAGUACAUCUAGAUUGCUUUAUGUCAUGAAAAUUUGAGUGCCAGUUUUGUGAGCAAAGGGGAAGAGGGGUUUGAGCAUAAAGCUAAAAUGCUUUGUGUAAGAUUUAUUCUACUUCUGAUAUAUCCUUUUUUCUUAGCAAUUGGUUGAUCAUUUAUGUGGUUGUGAGGAACUUGUACAGAGAUGAAGUCAACUUCUUCAAACCUCUUAUGUGGGUAUGUUUUGAUUGAGUAUGCAGCAGGCGAAUUCCUGGAAGAAAAUGUACCUAUUAGGUAACGAAACUCUAGUAGCCUAGCCCUUUGCAUUCAAGUGAAAUUACUUGGUUUGUUAAGAGAUUAUUUCAACAUUCUUCACAUCUUUCUAUAGAAAUUUAAACAUAGUUAAACAGACUUAAGAUUCAUGGAAUUUACUUUCUCCUCCUGUUUGGCCGUCAGCUUCUAUGAUAGAUGUGGACAGUACAUUUGAGGUGAAACAGAAGUGAUUUAAUAAAACCAGAUUACUUUUAUUAUAUCCCAGAGCUGCUCUCUGUAGAAGUUGAACAUAAACCUGGAAAUAAUUAUUUAAUACUGUUGCAAAUCUCCUCUUUAACUUUGCUGGAGUUUGAACAUUUGUAAAGAAGUUUAUGCAUAAGGAUGAUUAAACAUAUCAUUCAAGUCUGUGAAACAAAA